CCAAUCAGAAAGUCGUAACGUGGGAGGGGCGGGGUUUGCUGAAAACGACCGAAACGAAUGUGAACUAAUGCUAAGCUAGCAAGAACAAAAAGGGGGAAAAAAGAGAAACUUUUAAUCUUGGCGUAAUUUUAGACUUUUAAUACCAUGUAAACGUUCGGAAGCGCAAAAUCCGCCGAACAAUUUAACCACGCAGUUCUUUCUAAACAUCAUGGGGAUAAGAUCGAGUCGGUUACAGGAGGAAUCGGUGUGUGGACCGCUGGAGAAGGACGGCGGCGUAAAGCGAGAGUCUUUCCGGCGGAUCCGCAGCUCCAGGCCCAGUAGCCUCGCGCUCGAGUUCUCCUCCAGCUUCGACCGCGACUCGGAGGCGAAUCAGAGCCGCAGUGAAGAAGGCAGUGACUCGGACACCGGGCGCCGCGUUUCCUCGACAGACGGCGAUAACAGUACCGGCCGCAGUGUUGAGCCGGAGAUUGAUAACGAUGAAGACAGUCCCGGAAGCCCCGAACGCUUCCCCUCAGAGGAGCCCGCGGGCAGUGUCGCGCUCCGGGCCUCCGCUGAGCGACUAGCCGGUGCUCGGAGACACUCCUCCGCGCGGAACAGCACUGCGAGGUCGGCGCGGGUCCGGACUGCCAGACCGGUGUCAGAGGCGUGGAUUGGACUGUACAGAGUCAGACACAGCACAGUGCGCUGUCCGUUCUGCACCAGGACGUUCCCUGGAGGUCGUAUUGAGGAGCACCUUCUCACCUGUCUCACAUCUCCAACUCUGCCUUAUAACACUGAUGUUCUGAGUAAAGACAGUGGAGAGUGUUCCAUCUGCCUGGAGGAGCUGCUGCAGGGGGACACCAUCGCUCGCCUCGCCUGUCUCUGUGUCUACCACAAAAAGUGUAUAGACUCGUGGAGCUCAGUGAAACCCUGCUGCCCCGAACAUCCUUUCAACUGAGCCUGGUUUCCUCUCUGACUGCUCAACUCAGGACUCUGUGCUGCUGGUCGCUCCGUCAGUGUGCUACAGUGUGGGUGGAGGAGGACUGAAACUGAAACGAGUUGCUCUUUUACUUUUCACUGCCACAGGACAUCACUCGCUGCAAGACACUAAAGCAAUUAUAUAAACCCCAAAGACGAGCUGAACUGAUUCACACUCAGAAAGGAAUAAGCCUCGGGGUGUGUGUGUUGAUUGGUUGGAGAUUUUUAUGAACUAAAGGAGUUUAUUUUAUUACCUGUACUCGUGCAGUUCGGACCUUCGGCCUUGUCUCAUUACACACUUUGGAUGCUUCAGGUCACAGUAACUUGUUUUUCUUUUUUUGGGGGGGGUUUGCUGGAGUUUGAUUGGCUGUGCCCUUGUGUGUGUGAGGGGGGUGGGGUGAUUAGGGUUUGGGGAGGGACAGACAUGUGGAUGAACAGGACUCUCACGUCCUUAUGACUCCAUUUGGACACAGGAAGUGGACUUUGCAUCCUUUCUAAGGAAGUGAAAAUGUUUUACUUUUUCCAAUGUGACCAUUUUAAAGACACAUUUAUUAAACACAGAAAUGUUCUGUUUAUUAUAAUUAAUAAUAAUAAUAAUAAUAAUGGCAUCAAAUUAAAGCUCAUGGUGCUUUACAUUAAAUUACAGUCUACCUAUUUAUGUUUAUUAUUAUUAUUAUUAUUAUUAUUAUUAUUAUUAUUAUUAUUAUUAUUAUUAGCCUCGCUCUGGAUUUUUGCCAAACGUGUUGUAAACAUAUUUAUAAUAAACUUUACUCCUGUAGCAUUUUUAUUGCCAAUAUGUUAAUGUGUGUUUCAACCUUUCAGGUGUGAUGUCAUCAGUACCAUCAUCAUCAUCAUCACUAUUAUUUAAAAGAGCUAUGAGAUGAUUUUCCUCUCGAGCACAGAUAAACUUGUGUGUGUGUGUUUUAAAGGCAGUGCUAUUAAACAAACAGUCAUGAAACACAUUUACAGUGGUGAUGAAGGUGAUGAUGUAAUUUAUAGUGAGUGAAAUGCUGUUACAACUCAACACCAUGAAUAAAUCUGUUUUUAUAUCUACACUGUGAGAUGUUACAUGCUGAUGCGAGUUAAAAUUUGAAAAAUUGUCUGCAUACACACCCCUACCCUCACAGUGUUUAUUUCUUACAGUGUAAACGUGUUUGCAUGUUUCAUUUUGUACGUCUGUAAAUAAAAAUGGUUUUGUAUGUAUUUUUACAAUAAAGGUGUUUGUUAAAGA